AUGUCAGAUAUGCCCAGAAUGAGGAAGACCGCCUGGGAGACCAGAAGGAAUGGCUCGGUGCCUGGCAGCGCUGGGAACGGUCGAUCCGAGCCCCCCCAGCUGGAAGGCCUGACCGAUGUCCCUGUCAGCUCUUCAUCUAACGCUCAGAUGCCCGUUAUACAGCCACAUCUCGGCUUCGUGCAGGCUCAACCUGAGCUCAUGUCGUCUUUCCUGUCCCCAGAAAGUUACUUAUCGGACCGGAGAGCUUCGCCCGUCAGUGAUGCUAUGGGUUCCCUCUACGCCUGGUCCAGCACAUCUGAUGCCGACAUGCUGAGACCGGCUGCGUCAUCUAUGGGCCCCACCACCUCGACGUCACCCUUUAUGCAGCCGUAUUACAGCUUUGGGACUUCCCAACCCAUGGUCAGCCCACAGAUCCAAAAUAUCUCUGGGUAUACCUCGCAGGAAAUCAACAAAUGGUGCAUGGAGAGUGACACAUCCUCGGAAUUCUAUCAGCCGAGUAAUUCCUGUCCAUCCAUGAACCAGUUGGCAUUCGCCUCCCCGGAGAUCCCGUCGAGCGUGUAUCUACCUCUAGGGGAGCAUAUGAGCACUUCCGAGCAGUGGUUUACUCCCAUAUUUGCCGGCCCUUCCACCAUCCCAGGCCCAAUUCCAGAAGCAUUCCUCUCUCCAUCCUCUGCACCGGCAGUCUCCGUCACCUCUUCUUCCGCCAUGAGUACCUCACCAGCCCCCACUCUGUCUGACUUCGAGUCACCGUCUUCUCGCCACCGACCGGCUUCGCCUCCCUCCAAUCCCGCCGAUCUCACGAGAUACGGGAUUCCGGCCGGAGAGGGGGUUUGGCGUUGUGCCUACCCGGCUUGUACCUCGCAGGCCCUUUUCCGUCGUGGCUGCGACCUACGCAAGCAUUUCAACCGACAUCGGAAGCACCUGUUCUGUCGACAUGAAGGUUGUCCGCAGUCGAAACAAGGCGGAUUCUCUAGCAAGAAAGACUGUGCUCGCCAUGAGGCAAAGCAUAACCCUGGUAUCGUCUGCGAGUGGGACGGAUGUGGGCGGGUGUUUAGUCGGGUCGACAAUAUGAAGGAUCAUGUGCGACGGAUUCAUCGCCGAGGUGGCAGUCGCUGA